UUUGAAUAAGUAUCGUGCGCGGUUCAUGGAGGCUGGGCACGAAUCCGGUUUACGAAGAAGGCGCCAUGUUUUAGUAUUUUAAAGGCACAGACGGUAGAAAUGAGGAGUUGAAUUUGUUUAAAUUCUUAGGGUUCUAAUGUUUUUUAUAUGCAAGUAUGUCGACACUGACGACUAAACCCAUUGGCGUUACAUCGGCAAUAAGUCUUACACAACCAAAACCCGAGGAUUUACAACAAACGAAAAAUUUAAAAAAUGUGCUUACAGAGUAUGGUGUCUUUGAGAGUGAAGAAGACCUUCAACAUAGGAUGGUUGUUUUGGCUAAACUGAAUCAGAUUGUAAAAGAAUGGAUAAAACAAUUAAGUAGAGAAAAGAAUAUUCCUGAAAAUUUAAUAGACCAAGUUGGUGGAAAGAUCUUCACCUUUGGUUCCUAUCGAUUGGGUGUUCAUACUAAAGGUGCUGACAUAGAUACAUUGUUGGUGGCUCCACGACAUAUUGACAGAGAUGAUUUCUUCAAUACUUUUUAUGAAAUACUCAAAGAAAAUGAGGAAGUCAAAGAACUCAGGGCAAUCAAGGAAGCUUUUGUUCCUGUUAUCAAAAUGGAAUUUUGUGGAAUUGAAAUGGAUUUGUUGUUUGCAAGACUUGCACUUCCUCAAGUUCCUGAUAAUCUCGAUUUACUGGAUGAAAGCCUUCUCAAGAAUCUUGACCCAAAAUGUGUAAAAAGUUUAAAUGGUUGCAGGGUUACAGAUGAAAUUCUUAGAUUGGUACCAAAGCACGAGUCAUUCAAGCUCACACUUAGGGUCAUCAAACUCUGGGCUAAAAAUCAUGGUGUUUAUUCAAAUGUUCUUGGUUUUCUUGGUGGUGUAUCAUGGGCCAUGUUGGUAGCAAGAACUUGUCAACUUUAUCCUAAUGCAGCACCCUCAACAUUGGUGGAAAAGCUCUUUUUGGUUUUUUCAAAAUGGAAAUGGCCAAAUCCUGUUUUGUUAAAAGAACUAGCUACAGAAAAUAAACUUGGAUUCCCUGUCUGGGACCCUAGAAUAACUCCAUCAGAUGCCUACCACUUGAUGCCCAUCAUUACCCCUGCAUAUCCACAACAAAACUCAACAUAUAAUGUAUCGCCAUCCACCAAGAAGAUUAUGCAAAGUGAAUUCGAAGAUGGCUUGGAGACCGUUCAACGUAUAUACCUUGGCAAAACAGAUUGGCAUGCUCUAUUCACGCCGCCUAAUUUUUUUACUAAGUACAAACAUUACAUCGUGUUGAGUGCUAUAUCCACUUCUGAAGAAGAUCACAUACAAUGGGUUGGUUUGGUUGAAUCUAAAAUACGAUUAUUGGUCAGUCAACUUGAGAAUAAACCUUACGUUGAACUGGCUCAUGUUAAUCCAAAACAUUAUCCACCUUUGAAUUGUGAAGAAAAUAUCUGCAUAAGUCGAUGGUUUGUUGGAUUGGCGUUAGAAAAAACAGAGAACGCGACGUUAGAUCUUACGUACGACAUUCAAUAUUUUACAAACACAGUUCACAUUCGUGCUGUUUCAACUGAAAUUUUCAAAGAAGGAAUGAAAACUGAAGUGAAAUACGUCAAAAAAAAACAAUUGUCCGACUACCUUCCUUCGAGUGUUUUAAAAUCGAAAAAGAAAAGUUCCUUGCUGGCGAACAAUUCCUUGGAGAACGCCAACAUUCACGUUGAGAAGGAAAACACAAAAACGAAUAAUGAACACAAAUCUACAGGUAAUGGAUCAUCAAGCAACGGUAUAUCUCGCAACAUGCCGGAUAAUGAUAUUAUAGACGGUUCAUUAAGUGAGAAUAAAUCAAACGGCGUUUUAAUGACCACAGGAUUAAAACGCUCAAGAGAAUCGACUACGGAUGAAUCUGCAGGAGAAGAUAUAAUUGGAAAUAAAAAGAAGCAUCUAGCGUCCAAUCAAGAGGCUGUAGCGGAGUUAUCUGAUGGUGGUGAUACCCCUGAAACACCUACUGUAGCCGCAAAGAAGGCGGAUAUAAGACUAACGUUGAAGUAAGACCAAGGAUUUGAUUCAUUGUGUCACCAUCCUGUUUCGAUAAAAAGAUAUUUUACCGGUAGGAUUUGUAUAGUUUGUAAAUGGAGUCAUGCAUACUGUGGAAAGCUUACUAAUGUGCUCAUGUAAGCUCGCAAUCGAUGCAUCUUUAUAUGCACUUGCCUGUUGUAUUUCAAGUUUAGAGAUUUUAUGAACUAUGAAACAACUGUGUCGUAAUGACGCAGAUGUCGACAAGCUCUCAACUCCUUUCUCAGGCUACGGUUGACUUUGCAGUAUUAUGGACUGAGAUUCUGGAAAGAGUUUCGCUAAAAUGACUGUUUUUCGUGGUUGUGGUCUUCCCUUGUGUUCUUUUGUUCUGUUUUUCUUUGUGUGAAUUCAUGACGAUCGAUGCUCGUGUGUGAUGCCUAAGUCGGAUAUUUCAAACUUCUGGGACUUAUAUUGAUGAAAUCUUUGUUUUCAUCAAAGGGCAAUGCUUGCAACACUUCUUUCUUGAUGCAAUGUUCAUUGACGUUUAGUGAGAAGUUUGUUUUUGCCUUUUUUGCAGUUCUUUGUAGGACUACGUUUGUUUUCUUCGAACAUCUUUUAAAAGUUUGUGAGUGGUGUAUGUUUAGUAUGAUUACAACGAUAUAUAUUCCAUCCAAUUUCAAACAAUCUUGAUAUGAAGAUAUACGUACAAUCAUAGAAACUUUACUUUGAACUUUUUUGUGAAUGAUUUCAUUUAUUCAGGUGUAUUUUUACGACAUAAUUGAAAGCAAUAAAGUUUUGUUUUGAGGCCUUCAA